AUGAGAAAAACAGUACAAUGUGUGGUGGCCUACCCGGCAACAUUGCCCUGGGGAGCUUCAACCAAGUUCGAUCUGGAAUACUAUCUGAAGACCCACAUGGCAUUGAUUGACAAAUAUUGGGGUCCCUACGGCCUGAAAAGCUGGGAAGUGAACGAGGGUCUGGAGGGUGAUGGGAUCAGACCUCGGUACAUCAUCCAAGCUACUCUUCAAUUUGAAAGUAUGGAAGGAUUAUUGGCUGCUCUAGCUGCCCCGGAGACCAACAAGACGAGAGCGGAUAUUUUCAACUAUACCAAUGUGGAGCCUGAGAUCUGGGUUUUGAAAGAGGUUGGAAGAAGUAUGAUUUAA